AUGCGUACCGCCGCCGCACCGAGCCCGCAUGCGCAAGGCGCGCCCAGUUCUCCCGCGGGCCACGUGAGCGCGGCCGUCCGCUGCGUACCGCGUCCGGUUCCCGCACGGCCGAACGAGGCUGCCAGCCAGCUUGCCGAAAACUGUUUCGAGAAAGCGCGCGCCGUUGUGCUCACUGCGUCUUCACUCCGAUCUCAAUUCACUCUAAAGGUCUCCAUACUUCCGUUGCCGGUAUGGCCGUAUAUUGAAGGUGAUUUCGUAGAACGUGAUCUGACGUGUCUCCACCUACAAGUAGACUCGCAAACGCUGCAGCAACCGUUGUGGGUAACAGCUUACAAUAGGCCUCCCGCCUACAAACAUUCUCGAAACUUCAAGAAGAUGACGGCAUCAAGGAUGAGCUGCGAUACAACGAAGAGGGACAGAAACGACGAUUUCGACACGGAGCUGCUCAUCAGCCUGGUGAGGUCACGGCCGACCAUAUGGGACAAGAGUCUACACUGCCACACGGACCACAGACUAAGGUCCGAUGCUUGGUUAGAGGUCUGCCGAGCGCUGUGUCCCGAAUUCGAACGCAUGAGUGGCAAGGAAAAAAACUUGUACGCCGGAAAUGUAGUAAAGAAAUGGAUGAACCUCCGAGACGCUUGGAGGAAAAGUCAAAUGGAAUCGAAAGUGAGGAAGGUACUCAAGCCGUACAUAUACCAUGAUCAUUUACGGUUUCUAGAAAAAAACUGGUAUAACUAUAAACCAAUUGUUGUACUUAAAAGAAGAAGGAAACUGAUUAAAGAAGAGGAACCAAUUUCAUUUAUUGAUAGUGAUGAUACCAACCACCAGAUUCCAGAUAACAACGAAGGCCACUGUUCAUGUCAAGCUAAGAAGGCGAAAAAUGAAGAACGACAAGAUUCAGAGAACAUCAUGCAGUAUACAGACAGGGCUCGAAUGGAAGAAAGUCCUCAUGUAUCCUUCAUACGUGGUCUUAUGCCGAUGCUGGGUAAGCUCAGUGAUGACGAGGUGCUGGAGUUCCAGGCGGGCGUGGUCAAACUGUUGCUGGAUAUAAGAAAGUCAAAAACUCCAGUUAUUAGCGAAGUGCAUUACGGGUAUUACCCUCCAAACAUAGAUGCAGAAGAAAAUGUGGACAAUACUCAGUAAAAUUGUACAGGACCGUAACAGUAAAUUUCUGUACAAUACUGGUUACAAAUCCAAGUAUUAUGCAAUUAUUCCAAAAAUUUUUGAACUUUUUAAUUGAAUAUGUCCCUCAAGUAAAAAUUAAAUGAUAUGUUAUCUUAACCUUAAAAUUUUGACCUUAAAGGUAAUAAAAAACGCGAAUUUACCUACUGCCUGUUGUCAAUUUUGGUGCCGAGUUGAUGCAGUCACAACCAAACAUCUGGAAAGACUUUGAAUUAUUAAGAACAAUUUAUAGUAGGUA